UCUUGGAAAAGAAUUAUAGAGAAGACAAAAUCAUGGUAUGUUUCUGUUUUCUGGUUGAUCAGACAAAGGAAAUGAGCAAGAGUAAGCCGGCGGCAGGGUUUUGCUCGAGGUGCGGUGGAGGUGCUAGUGUAGCCGAUAUGAAAACUCGUACCAGGUUUUGCUACGUCCCCUUCUACUGGAAACCUUGGAAGGCUAUUGUUUGCACUUUUUGCGGGGCGAUUCUUCGAUCUUACCGUUGAAUGAAUGAAUAUCCACGGCCACGGGAGUUAUAGUGCGGCUGUACCGGCUUU